AUGCUUAUAAAAACUUCAGAACAACUUCCCUCAAGUUAUAGCUUACCACCACCUCCACCACCCAAUCCUCAACUAAGCUCACAAGUAAACGGAAGAGGAAAAGGUCGAGGACGAGGUCGCGGUUAUGCACAUAGUCAAGGUCGUUACUAUAACGCACAAGACGUUACUGUUAGUCAAUAUAAUUAUCAAUCUAAUUAUCAACGUAAAUGGCGAUGUGAACCUUGCGUAAAGAGCUUCGCUCACGAAGCUCAAUUAAAAUAUCAUAUGAAUUUACACAGAAAGUGCGAUCAUUGUGAAUUUUCAGCAAUGACAAAUAUUUUAAAAACGCACUUAUUCGAAGUUCACAAAUUAGGAAGUAAUCCUAUGAAGUCUGAUGAAUCCCUUAAAGCAGUAAUGGAUUUCCAUCUGGAUACUCCUGAAGCGAUUGCAAAGUGGAUUGAGCAGCGAAAGAAAAACUACCCAACAGAUGUCAACAUAGAACGCAAAAAAAAAUUAGAAGCUGCUAGGAUGGCUCGUGGUAAAGUCCUUAAGUCCCAGGCUCAAAAGAAACAGCUUUUAUAUUAUGCAAAUGGAAAAAAAGAUGACAUAGCAAUUAAGAAGAGACGAUUUGAGUUUGGAGGCCGUAAUACAAAGUUCGGUGAUCAUAAUGAAGAUGCCGGUCCAUGUGGAAUAACCGAUUUUUCGACGGGUUCAAAAAAAGAUCAAAUAAAUGGAAGAUUAUACAGACAAAUAUGUAUUAAAUACAGACAAGGCCAUUGUCCAAGGGGUAAAAACUGCACAAACAAACAUGCAGGAAAGAUGAUUUGUCCUCCAAUCCAACGCCCUCCCGAUCAUGCUAGAUGUAGGCAAAGAAAUCUUCGAGAUCUUCUAUUAUACAAAGAAUUUGUAGAGGAAAAAAAUGUGAUUUUACAAUGCAUCAGACAUAUAGCAAACAAAAAAUUUUUCGGGGUGGUUACCAAUAAAUCUAUAAGAGAUGCCAAAAAGAGAGGUGAAGCGCUUGUUGUUGAAGUUAACAGUAAUCAAGCUCCCGCAUCAACUCCUGGCAAGACAAAGAAAAGCAAACAUCUGAUCAAACAAUGGUCACUAAAUCAAACCGGUUAA